CUCCCAGCCAUCUGAAGGUGUCUGAUUCCAUUAUUUGCCUGUGAUGACUUUGAAAGCUAGGUAAACCUGUAAAAUGCAAAAGCCAUCAAUAAGAAGCAAAUUGUUGCUAGAGUACCUCCUCCUUAUUUGACUGUCUCAGAACUAAAUUGAGAAAGCAGUGACAUAAACAAAUAUGCACAACCUUCCUGCCUCAUGCCUUUAUUGUUUGUCUUGUUCUCCAGAGGAAUCCUGAUCUAAUUGAAGAAUAACGUGAAUAACCCAACUGGUCCAAAGCUCUAUAACUUCCUUAUUUUUUAAGUAAAUAAUUUUUUAUUCCUAAAAUGCUAGAGUCACACCUGAUUAUCUAUUUUCUUCUUGCAGUGAUACAAUUUCUUUUUGGGACUUUCACAAAUGGCAUAAUUGUGGUGGUGAAUGGCAUUGACUUGAUCAAGCACAGAAAAAUGGCUCCGCUGGAUCUUCUUCUUUCUUGCCUGGUGGUUUCUAGAAUUUUUCUGCAGUUGUUCAUCUUCUACAUUAAUGUGGUUGUUAUCUUCUUGAUGGAAUUCAUCACGUGUUCUGCGAAUUGUGUAUUUCUCAUAUUUGUAAAUGAAUUGGAACUUUGGCUUGCCACAUGGCUCGGCGUUUUCUACUGUGCCAAGGUUGCCAGCGUCCCUCACCCACUCUUCAUCUGGUUGAAGAUGAGGAUAUCCAAGUUAGUCCCGUGGAUGAUCCUGGGGUCUCUGCUAUAUGUAUCUAUGAUUUGUAUUUUCCAUAGCAAAUAUACAGGGUUUAUGGACCCAUACUUCUUAAGAAACUUUUUCUUCCAAAAUGCCACAAUUCAAACAGAAGUUAAACAGCGUAUACAGGUUUUCUCUUUUGUUGCUGAGCUCUUAGUGCCAUUACUUAUCUUCCUUGUUGCUGUUCUGCUCUUGAUUUUCUCUCUGGGGAGGCACUCCCGGCAAAUGAGAAACACAGUGGCUGGCAGCAGUGUUCCUGGCAGGAGUGCCCACAUCAGCGCGUUGCUGUCCAUCCUGUCCUUCCUGAUCCUCUACAUCUCCCACUGCUUGAUAAAAGCUUUUCUCUCUUCUCUAAAGUUUCAUGUCAAAAGGUCCAUCUUUCUGUUCUUCAUCCUUGUGAUUGGUACAUACCCUUCCGGACACUCUCUCAUCUUAAUUUUAGGAAAUCCUAAAUUGAAACAAAAUACAAAAAAGUUCCUCUGCCACAGUAAGUGCUGUCAGUGAGAGAGAACUUUGAUCAGUUCAUAGAACCCAUGAUUUAAUGAUUUACCCACGCUGGCCACACUUCCCUCAGCCAGACAAAGCAGCCUGUUCAUAAAUAUACAACACAUCCCCUUCAGGCUGUUUAUCCAG